GAUCGUGGCGCUGCAUUGAACGUGUUUUCUGCCUGCUAGAAUAUCAUCGGAAUUGUGCGCCGCAAAAAACUAUCGAAACGAUAAAACGAACGAACUACAAAAUCGAAUUAAGUUAAGAGUUAACUAAACUCACUCCCAGAGUGACAAGCACACACACACACAAACACACUUCGAAAUGCGUUUCAAAUUGUUUUUGGCCUGCCUUUUGGCCUGUGGCUUCAUGGCCUAUGUCAUAGCCAACGAGAAUGUUUCCACAGAGCUGGAAGACAAGAUUAUCAAUAAACCGCAGAAAAAAAUAUCCGAAUAUGUGGAAAUAAUUGAGGAGCCAGAACUGGCAACCAAAAAGGCGGCAGCGACGACACAAAAAACCACACCCAAGCCCACCAAAAAGCCAGAGGCUGCAAAGACGACAGCGACGGCGCCCACCACCGCAAAGGCGCCCGUCAAGCUGAGCGCCCAGGCCAAGGUGGCUUCCAAUAAAUUGAUGCCCGUCGAUCUGCGCGGCAAAGACGAUAUACUCACAGUGGCCGGUCUCAGUCCUCAGUCUAAAUCUGGGGCCCUGAUCAUGCCCGGGGCCUACCUUGGCGAGCUCUACGAUUUGGAUAGCAGUGGCUACAAUUGGGAUCCCAACAAUAAUGUGGCACCACCGAACACAAUCUCCACGGCAGCUGGAGGAUAUACCAUCACCACACAACGCUUGGCCGAGUUGCGCAGCAAUUUCCUUUACUGGUUCUUCGACAAGGACACGUACGGCGGCCGCGGUGACUAUCAGUUUGACAUACACGCCUCAAUGACGCAACUGCACAAAAAUCUAAACUUUCAGCUGCCUUUCUACGGCUUUCGUUUUAAUUACACAAGGCUCUCACUGAACGGGUAUUUGGAGUUCUCCGAUCCACCAGAAUACUUGACAUAUCCCUUGGUUUUCCCCAUCAAGGACUGGCCACAGAAGAAUGACCCCUCAUUCAUGGGUAUCUUCUUUUCGAAGUGCCGUGUGGGUCGCAUAUAUCCAUCGGAUUUGGAUCAACGCACGCCCGGUGUUUACUUCCGCCUUGAACGUGAUCUGAUGGGCCGCACGGACCGCUUUGGCGUCGAGGUGCGUGAGCGCACUAUGUGGGAUAUUCGCCAAGGAGUUGUGGGAGCCGAUACCUUUGUGCCGAAGCACGUGCUGAUCGCCACUUGGAAGAACGUCUCAUUUGCCGGUGGCAUUGACAACUCACUCUUUACGACAAACACUUUUCAAAUGGUUCUGGCCACCGACGAGGUCUACACAUAUGCCAUUUGGAAUUAUGCUGUUCUCAACUGGCUCUCACACACAGAAGCAGGAGGCGAUACCACUAAAGGCGAGGGUGGCGUGCCCGCAUUCGUUGGCUUCAACGCUGGCAAUGGUACACAGGCUUAUGAAUACAAUCCCUAUAGCCAGAAUAUGGUCAUUCGCGACUUGGCAAAUCGUGGUUGGGCCAACGGCUUUCCGGGUCGCCACAUUUUCCGCAUCGAUGAGCAAAUUUUAAUUGGCUCGUGCAAUAAGGACAUUGAUGCGGCACUGCUGCCACUGACUUUCGCACCCGAGUCGGGCAAUAUGUUGGGCGGACAGGUGGUCAAUAUUACAGGUCCCUGCUUCGAUCCCGAUAUACGCGUAACUUGUCACUUUGAUACGGAGUCUGUGCUGGGUCAUUAUGUGGAUCGCAAUAGAGUGAUUUGUGUGCAGCCCUUCCUAAAGGCCGAAGGCUAUAUACGCUUCCAGAUCUCACUGGGUACACAGCGUUUCAAAUGGCGCGGCAAAUACUUUGUGGAGACACCCGCGGCGGCUACUGAGAAGAUCUUCUUCAACACCGAUGAUGUGCACAAGAGGAAUCCGAGUGAGAUUCGCUUUACAUGGAACGCCUUCAAUUUGACCUCGAAUGCCAAUGCAAACGUGAUGAUAUCCCUGUGGGGCUAUCGUGAGACCAAAAUUGAGCCGCAGCUGGAGUAUAUUGAUGUCAUCGAGGCAAGCUACACCAACACUGGCAGCUAUGUUAUAAAUCCCUCAAACUACGUCAAUCGCAACAACGUUAACAAAGACAUGCAAUUUGGCUUCUUGCAAAUCAAUCUAACACAGCCCGAGCAGUACUCUGGCUUGGCUAUCAGUCCUGUUCUGUGGUCCCGGCCGGUGCCCUUGGCCUGGUACAUGGCGCCGCAAUGGGAGCGUAUGCAUGGCAAGAAGUGGCCGCGCGCUCUGUGCGAUAAUUGGAUACGCGCCGACAGAUUCCUGAGAAACUUUGCUGCUGAUUUGCCAUUGUGUCCCUGCACACUGGAGCAGGCCGUGCUGGACAAGGGGCGUUUCCGACCGGAUCGCGAGUGCGACAAGGACUCCAAUCCCAGCUGUUUGCGUCAACGCGGUGCUAUUCACUGUGUGGUCAGUGGUACGCCAGUUGCACAGGGCGCAGAGCAGCAAUGCUGCUAUGAUCGUUAUGGCUUCCUGAUGCUUACCUACGAUCAAAUGUGGGGCUCCCGACCACGUCGCGUUCACAAUUUAGGCAAGAUGCCCUGGAAUGAGGCUAGCAAGGUGCCGUCCCUAUCUAUGUGGUUCCAUGACAUGCGUCCUUUCUACUCCUGCUGCUACUGGCAGGAGGAACAGGCAGUCGGUUGCGAAACCUAUCGCUUUGAACGUCGACCGUCCCAGGAUUGUGUAGCUUAUCAAGCACCUGGUGUAGCCGGAGUUUUUGGUGACCCGCAUUUCAUAACGUUUGAUGGCUCUGCCUACACUUUCAACGGCCUGGGCGAGUUUGUUUUGGCUCGCAGUACAGACGAAAGCGAACGCUUCGAGAUUCAGGGUCGCUUCCAGCAACUGCCUAACAACUACUACGGCGAGGUUAUGGCCACACAAUUAACGGCAAUGGCCAUGCGUGGCAAUACGACAACGACCAUUGAGGUCCGUCUGCGUCCGUUGCAUGCCCGCUGGCGUUAUCGCCUGGACGUGCUGGCCGAUGGACGCCGCAUCUACUUUGAUCGCGAAAGCUUGAAGUUCCAGCACUUUGAUGGCGUUACCGUGUACACCCCCACCUACUUGCUUAACCAGUCCCAAGUUAUUGUGCAAUUCGAUGCUGGCAUUGGCGUCGAAGUGGUGGAGAACGAGGGCUUCAUGACCGGCCGUGUUUAUUUGCCAUGGAAGUUUAUAAACAAAACAGCGGGUCUGUUUGGCAACUGGAGCUUCAAUGCCAUGGACGAUUUUGCGUUGCCUAACGGGCAGGUGGCCUCACUUAAUCUCAACGAUUUGCGCAGCAUACAUACAAACUUUGGCUUGAAGUGGAUGCUGACGGAUCGAGAUGUGCCCGGCGUCGGCGCCGCCUUGUUUACUCGCGAGUUCGGACGCAUGGCCAGCUACUAUUCCAAUAGCACCUUCCUGCCCAACUAUGUUAUCGAACCGGCCGAUUUCUUGCCCACGAAUCGCACCUACGAUGUGGAGCGCGCCGAGGAGCUAUGUGGUGAGAGCUAUCAAUGUCGGUAUGACUAUGGCAUGACCUUGAAUCGGGACCUGGCACAUUUCACAAAGAACUACUACGACAGUCUGGUCAACAUACGAGCCGAGAAUGCCAAACGUGUUGUCUCCUGCGGCGUGCUGCAAACUCCUCGGUUUGGCCGCAAGCUUAGCUUCGAUUUUAUGCCAGGCGCCAAGGUGUCCUUCGAAUGCAAUGAGGGCUUCAUUUUGGUGGGAGAUCAGCGUCGCGAGUGUCUAGCAGAUGGUUUGUGGAAUAUUCCCGAAUACGGUUACACGGAAUGUCUGCGUGAAGUUUAUUACACGCGUCGUGUCGCUUUCAUUGCAAUUGGCAUUAUCGUGCUAGUUAUAUUGCCGCUGAUGCUGUGCAUCAUUUGCGGCGUCUAUCGCUAUCGCCAGAAGCAGCUGAAGGAGGACCCGCACUGGCAGAUGACGCUGCCGCGCUCUCGCGCCUCUUCGGCACGCAAUCUGCGCACCCUGAACUAUGAUGACGAUAUCGGCGAUAGCGAUACCGAUGCGAGCACGCUUAAGAAAAGUAGGUCCUAUGACAAAGUAUAUCGCACGAACGAACCAUUACCGGGAAAACCGCAAAUUGAUUUUCCAGCUAAGAAAUGGGAUUUGGAUGAGCGCGACGAGGAUGUGACCUCAUCGGAAGGUGAGAAGCCGAAGCAGACGGGUCGUCGUUCGCUCCGCUCCGCCUCGGGCACCGAACUGGAUCAGCACGAACAUGACGCUGGUACGAACGUAGAUGGCGGCCAUGACGACCAUGACGACCACGACGAUGACUUUGAUGAGAGCGACAUACACUCUGGAACCGUUCACCCGGCCGGCUACCAUCAACCGAUGUCGCCCGAGGAGGCCGAUCAUCUGCACCAGCAACAAUACAGCCCCACCUUCAGUGGCCUGGACAGUCGCAAUAGCGGUGCCAGCUCCAUUAACUAUACACCACAGGCGGCUCAGCAGAAUCGUUUUGGUGGCGUUCCCGUGCUGCCCAGCAACACGCAGUUCUACAAUCGUCCCCCGUCUGGUGUGCCGGCAGCGACAGCCGCAGCCACGGCCACGGCCACGCCCUUGCGCGCUGCGCCCACUGUGGCACCGCUGCCUGUGUCCCAUCUGACGCAAGACAGUGGUCUGCCGUCGCCACCCCCGCACACCACCUCACCCACGCCCUCAGUUCAAAAGUCCACUGAGGUCUAAAACAAGCCAUAACAAAACACACACACACAAGAUUUCAUAUAUAUGUAUGUACACGCUGCUCUGCAAGCUCCAAUGUUCAAAUUUUGUACUAUAACUAUUUUCAUUUACAAUUAAUACCUAUAAUAAUAAUACUAAACUUUACAUUAAACCAUAAAUCAAAAAUUAACAAGCAGAAACCCCAAAUAAUUAUAAGUAUUUGUUAUAAUAAUUCUAUGCCUAUGUUGUGGCCUUUGUUUAAACAUUUUGCUAAUUACCCGCCCACCUGUCAUAAUCGUUUAAUUUGUAUUUGUUUUCUAUCAUCUCCUCUCUUCUACGUCCCACCGCCAACGUACUACCAGCAUGCGGCCAUGACCCAUCUAAUUGCAGAUUCUGCAACUAAUAGCCUGCAUAAAUAAUUGCAACCUUUUGUAUUGCCCAUUAAAAAUUAAUGCCUCAUUUGUAUGUACGCAUUUAUAAAUUGCAAGACCAACAACUAAACAGAUUUGUAAACAAAUUGGCGCUGGGAAAAUUGCAUGCCAUAAUAUGCGGACUUUGAUUUUGCAAUCAAUAAAAAUGUUUAUAUGUGCCGUACUCAUAAAUUUACAAUAAAAAUGUCGUUUAUAGUUCAAUCAUUAUAA